GAAAAGUCUAUAAUGCUUAACAAUCUUGUGUUAAGAUUGUAAGAUUCAUGUGCUUUAACACUUUUAGUAGUUCAGACAACCAAACGAAUGGCCGAAUUUGAGAAACUGUAGUUUUGCAUAUGCUUACUAAAGUGCUUAAGUGAAAAGUCUUAAUAUGCUGAGACUACUAAAUUGUACAAAUGUAUUCAGUUGUGGUUUUCACUCACUUGACACCUUAGGCAAGAAUUAAACUACCUGCCAAUAAAAUAAAUAAGUGAUCAAUUAAAAUUAUGCAAAAUUAAACAAAUAAGUUUAUUUAAAUUAAACAAAGACAUAAUUGUAAACUGUGGCAGUUAACCACCUGCUGGUAGAUGUUGUAACUACGUAAUUAUGCAGGCAAAAAGCGUAUUUUUAAAUUCUGACAAAUUACACUUCUUUGUAAGGAACACAUAAAUUGCAAAAGUCUAUAUACAGUUGUGCUCAAAAGUUUGCAUACCCUUGGAGAAUUGGUAAUAUAUGUACCAUUUUUAAAGAAAACAUGAGUGAGCAAGCAAAACACAUUUCUUUUAUUUCUUAUGGGAUUCAUAUUCAACUGUAGGUUAUAACAGAAUGGCACAAUCAUAAAACAAAACAGAAAAAAAUAAAUGACCCCUGUUCAGAAGUCUGCAUACCCUUAGUUCUUAAUACUGUGUAUUGCCCCCUUUAGCAUCAAUGACAGUGUGCAGUCUUUUGAAAUAGUUGUCUAUGAGGCCCCAAAUUCUUGUGGGUGGUAUAGCUGCCCGUUCGUCUUGGCAAAAUGCCUCCAGGUCAUGCAAAGUCUUUGGUUGUUUUGCAUGAACCGCACAUUUGAGAUCUCCCCAGAGUGGCUCGAUGAUAUUAAGGUCAGGAGACUGUGAUGGCCACUCCAGAACCUUCAACUUUUUCUGCUGUAACCACUGGAGGGUUAACUUGGCCUUGUGCUUGGGGUCACUGUCGUGCUGGAAAGUCCAAGGGCGUCCCAUGUGCAGCUUUCGUGCAGAAGAAUGCAAAUUGUCUGCCAGUAUUUUCUGAUAACAUGCUGCAUUAAUCUUGCCAUCAAUUUUCACAAGAUUCCCUGUGCCUUUAGAGCUCACACCCCCCCCCCAAAACAUCAGUGAGCCACCACCAUGAUUCACAGUGGGGAUGGUAUUCUUUUCACUAUAGGCCUUGUUGACCCCUCUCCAAACAUAGCGCUUAUGGUUGUGAUCAUAAAGCUCUAUUUUGGUCUUGUCACUCCAAAUUACAGUGUGCCAGAAGCUGAGAGGUGUAUCAAGGUGUUGUCGGGCAUAUUGUAACCGGGCUUUUUUUGUGGCAUUGGCGCAGUAAAAGCUUCUUUCUGGCAACUCGACCAUGCAGCUCAUUUUUGUUCAAGUAUCGUCGUAUUGUGCUCCUUGAAAUAACCACACCGUCUUUUUUCCAGAGCAGCCUGUAUUUCUCCUGAGGUCACCUGUGGGUUUUUCUUUGUAUCCUGAAUAAUUCUUCUGGCAGUUGUGGCUGAAAUCUUUCUUGGUCUACCUGACCUUGGCUUGGUAUCAAGAGAUCUCUGAAUUUUCCACUUAUUAAGAAGUGAUUGAACAGUACUGACUGGCAUUUUCAAGGCUUUGGAUAUCUUUUUAUAUCCUUUUCCAUCUUUAUAAAGUUCCAUUACCUUGUUACGCAGGUCUUUUGACAAUUCUUUUCUGCUCCCCAUGGCUCAGUAUCUAGCCUGCUCAGUGCAUCCACGUGAGAGCUAACAAACUCAUUGACUAUAUAUUCACAGACACUAAUUGCAAUUUAAAAAGCCACAGGUGUUGGAAAUUAACCUUUAAUUGCCAUUUAAACCUGUGUGUGUCACCUUGUGUGUCUGUAACAAGGCCAAACAUUCAAGGGUAUGUAAACUUUUGAUCAGGGCCAUUUGGGUGAUUUCUGUUAUCAUUAUGAUUUAAAAAAGGAGCCAAACAACUAUGUGAUAAUAAAUGGCUUCAUAUGAUCACUGUCCUUAAAUAAAAGACUGGUUUUUUGCAUGAUCGGUCAUAUUUUCAAAAUCAAUGCCACAAUUUCACAAUUUCUGCCAGGGUAUGCAAACGUUUGAGCACAACUGUAUAUUGGUAAAUGUUUCAUCAAUGCUUGAUUUUUUUUUUUUUUUUUUUUUUUUUUUUUUUUUGGAGGGCUCUUUACAGAGAGAAAUAGAUUGUCGAUCAGAUCGGUGCCGCAAUGACGUAUGCCAUAAAAGUGCAGCGAGACCAGCCACCCCACAAGCAGCUGCACAAGCUCUGAUAACGACAUGGACUCCUUUUAUUGGUAUUAAAAUAAAACACAGUUUCUGUUUAUAACAUGUAAAAUUCACACAUCUGUUUAUAUGAAUUUCAAUCGCAUCCACUUUGUCUGCAAAAAAGAAAGUAAACAUCAUGCGAUCUGCUGUGACUGUAGGUUCAGCACAUUAUGGGAAGCACAAAGUGUCCAGCAUGACCGCUAUCUUUUAAACUCAUCCACCGACUGCAACCUGAAAAUCUCUGCGAUCAGUAAGGCAAGGCUUAGUUGAAUUGACUUAAAGUUAUGGUUCAGUUGUUUGGCUCAAAAAAAACUAAUUACUGAAACUGAGUGCACAUAAAGCAAAGAUGGCUGCAUCCAGGUCGCAUACUUCUGGAGCUUCAUGCACCAGCCAAGAAACUGCCAUUGAGAUGAAUGACAAUGUUAACAGAUAUAUACAGCUAUUACCACAAAAAAUACUUUUGACAUGGGCUGCAGUGAGGCACUUACAAUGGAAGUGAAUGGGAGCCAAUCUGUAAACAUGAAAACACUCACUGAUUUAAAGUAUAGCCACUUAAAAUUAUUUUAGUGUGAUAAAAAUCGCUUACCUUUUCUGUGUAAAGUUAUAGCUAAUUUUACAACUUCGUUGCCUUGAUGAUGUAAUGUCAACAAACCCUAAAAUAACUGUAAAAAUGAUUUAAACAACUUUACCGCUCAAAUACAUGAGUUUUAACAGAAUAAUUAAUGUAUGUGCUUUUAUAAAAUUAUCAACUUCACAUUUCUGCCUUUUAAACCUUCCAAAAAUUGGCCCCAUUCGCCUCCAUUGUAAGUAACUCACUGUAAACCUAACCUCGAUUUUUGCAUUUUUUUUAAAAAAAGGAGGGACGAGUCGAAAUACAUUUUUGUGGUAAUCAACAUUAUGCCACAAAUGCUGUCGAUUGAGCUUAACUUGUACUGAACCCGAAAUAUUCCUUUAAGUAAUUUGAUUAAACUAGCUAUGUGCCAACUGGAAUGUUGCACUAUUUGUAUGAUAUCUCUCCAACAAGAUUUUCAGUGCUUGAUGUUGCUUUGGCUUUGCAGUCAUUUUUGUUGGCGAAGCAAUAAUACAUUUAUUUAUAAGCUGGAUAUAUAAUGUAAAUUACUUGAUAUUAACUUUUUGUAAAUAAAUAAAAGAAAUAUCACGCUAGAAAUCGUGCCGUUAUGGGUGUGUUCCAUUCAGAAGUAAUCAUCCCUAUGCACUUGUAGUCUAAUCGAUGACUAUCUUUAACUGUGAAAGUUUCGGAGAGCUGUAAGGUGUUGGGCAAAAAAAUAACGGUCAUUCGAAACUCACUUAAGUCAUUUUUUAUCCACAUUUUCCUGUGCAAACACUGGGCGGCGGCAUGAUGAUUCUAAUUGCAUGUUUUGUAUUUCUGGUCUCGAGACACGAUGAAAAAACUACCGAAACGAGCGAUUCAGAGAAGAAUAACAACCAUUUAAGUGUUACUUGGUGUUUAAAAUUAAUUUCAGGCUCAACUUGUGCCAUUGUUGGCUGUCAUAACAACUCAGAAUAAUUAAUUAUAUCAACGUAACUUAUCUCUGACCAUCGCUUCAUGUCAUUUACACACUCAGGUAAGGCACUGUCUAUAAAUAAAAAGAAAAACGGUCAUCUCGAUUCUGUGGAGUAUCGGCAUGUUUUUUGACCAUUUUUACAAAUGCAAUACCAUAAACAUCACAUUAGAAUAUAUGCCUAUGCGAGUGAAAACACUGGAGACCGGAAAUUGAAAACAGUCGAAUCGUGGAACACUUCCGCGUUCAGGAAAAAAGGUGGAUAGGAAACUGCAUGGAACGAUCCUGCAGCCUGGCUAUCAUUAAAAAAAUUGUCCAUUCGAAGUGCCCUGCGAAGACAUUCAUACUGUUCUGGCCAACCGCCCGCUUAGACAGGAAGAGAUCGUUUGACCGAUAUGUAAAGAGACCAAUCACAGUUCGUUAUUUACUUCAGUUCGUUUUGGGGGCGGGAUAAUCUGAAAUCGAUGACAAUAAUGGCACAGGAGUCUCAGCAAAACGUUGCAGACAUUAAACGGAAAACAUUAGUGGAAGAUGUUUGUUUGCUCUGUGGUAAGGGUUUCUAUCCGUCUAGAUGUAAUAAGCAUAGACUGUUUCAAGGACAGAAGUCUAAAAACAAGGCGGAGUACACAGUUGUGUUGGAGGAAUUUGUUGGCAAACUUCACGACACGACACUGGCCGUCUGUAGCCCAUGCAGAUCUCUCCUUUUGAGAUAUGAUCGUGUAACCAAAGACGUAGAAAGAACGAAAUUGCUUAUUAAGGAUAUGUGGAUAAAGACCAGAGAGAAACGGUGUGCGGCUGCAACGCCUACACUAGAGGUGAAGAGACGACGGGAACUGAUCGACACACCACCAUGUGGUGGUGAUGAUGACAAUACUGCAUCCACCUCGAUACAGUCCACAGUCACCGGAGACAUCACUGCAGCUAAGGAGAAACUCAAAACUGCACUAAAACCAUUGCAGGAGAAGUGGAGAAUAUAUCAGGAGUUUCAGCAGACUUUGCAUCAAACUGCAGAACAUAUUAAGUUUCAGGCUCAACACACAGAGACGCAGAUUAAGGAGGCAUUUGUUAAACUUCACCAGAUUUUAUGUAAUGAAGAGGCAACAAGGAUUAAAGCACUGAGAGGUGAAAGAGAGGAAAAAAGUCAUAUGGUGAAGAAGAAAAUUGAGAAAAUAAACAAAGAGAUUUCCUGCGUUUCGGACACAAUCAGAGCCAUAGAGGAGGAGAUAAUAGCUGAAGAUGUUUUAUUCCUACAAAACUAUGAGGCUACUGUGAAAAGAGCCCAGUGUAGACUGCCGGAUCCAGAGAACUUUUCAGGAGUGCUGAUCAAUGUGCCAAAACACCUCAGCAAUCUGAAGUCUUCUGUGUUACAGAAGAUGCAGGGAAGUUUUGAAUAUACUCCUGUGACUUUGGACCCCAACACUGCUCAUUGUAAUCUUAUCCUAACUGAAGAUCUGACCAGUGUGAGAUACAGUGAUGAGGAACAGACGCUUCCUGAUAAUCCAGAGAGAUUUGAUAUGUUUGCAUGUGUUCUGGGCUCAGAGGGCUUUGACUCAGGGACUCACUGCUGGGACGUUGAGGUCGGAGACAGUACAGGCUGGUUUCUCGGUGUGAUGACAGAAUCUGCUCCAAGGAGGAAUAAAAUAUUCUCAAGGAGUGGAAUAUGGCUUGUGGGGCAUUUCUGUGGUGAAUAUAAGGCACAUAUUCCUCCACAGUCACCAUCUCUUAUCUCAGUGAAUGAGAAAAUUCAGAGGAUCAGAGUUCAGCUGGACUGGGACAGUGGAAAACUGUCAUUCUCUGACCCUCUCACUAACACACACAUACACUCUUUUACAUGCACUUUUACUGAGAGAGUCUUUCCAUUUUUUGGCGUUGGCUGUAACAUUUCUCCUCUGCUGAUCUUGCCUGUAAAUUCCUCUUUAAACAAGGCUUAGUUAGAAUUCAAU